AUGGCUGCCGAUGUCCAGCCAAUUGCUCAGGUCAAGUUGCCUGCUCGGCCUUCUUCUCUGACGCCGGAGCAGACGUACUGGCGAUCAUUCAAAUCUCCUCUGAACAUUUCCUCGCCGACAAAGCAUGCAAUUACACAUAUUUCGCAGCCACAGCCCGUUAGUGUUGGCCAAACUCCUUCCGAUUUCUUUGUUGUCACGACUGGUGCGCGGGUGCAACUUUACUCUGUCAAGUCCCGAAAACUUCUGAAGACGAUUACACGGUUCGACGAUAUUGCCUACAGCGGUGAAGCCCGAUACGAUGGACGAGUCCUUGCGGCAGGCGAUGAGACUGGUGCGAUCCAGGUGUUUGAUGUUAAUUCAAGAGCUAUUUUGAAGACCUGGAAAGAACAGAAACAACCAGUGCGCACGGUUCGAUGGAGUCCUAAGGAGACCACGGCGUUGAUGAGCUGCGGAGACGACAGAACGGUCCGACUGUGGGAUCUUCCAAGCGAGAGUAGCGUCGAGACCUUUCGCGGCCACCAGGACUACGUGCGGACGGGCGGGUUUCUACCGGGACAGUCAAGCCAUUUGUUUGUGUCGGGCAGUUAUGAUCAGACGAUCAGGCUCUGGGAUCCUCGCACGCCAAAUGCGGCGGUUAUGACAUUCAAACAUGUCGCCGCGGUGGAAGAUGUCUUAUGCAUGCCAUCUGGGACCACCAUCCUGGCGUCAGCCGAGAACCAGAUUGCAGUGCUGGAUAUCGUGGCAGGACGACCGUUGCAGAUGAUCAAAAACCACCAAAAAACAGUCACAUCGUUGUGUCUGGCAUCCAAUGGAUCAAGAGUAGUUAGUGGAGGCCUAGACGGACAUCUGAAAGUCUUUGAAACGACGGGGUGGAACGUCGUUGCUGGUUCCAAGUACCCCGCCGGCAUCCUUUCAACAUCGGUCGUUACGGCUGGAAACUCUCGAGAAGACACGCACGUUGUGGUAGGGAUGUCCACUGGUCAGCUCAGCAUCAGAACAAGACUCUCUGGGGAGCAAAAAGUAAAAGAGCGGGAAAGACAAAAACAAAUGGAAGCACUGAUUGCAGGGACGAUCGAAGAGUACGACAAGAGGCAGGCCAAAAAACGCCCCAGGGGACUCGAAAAGCGGCUCAGAGGGCGCGACUAUGCGGGCGAAGAUGCUGACAUCAUCGUCGAAGGAAAUGUGCGACCGAAACAGAAGAAGCUGACUCUCUGGGAAAAGGAAUUGCACAAAGGCAGAUACCGGGAGGCGCUAGACAUUGCUCUGCAAGGUGCUGACAAGCUCACAAUUGUCACAUUAUUGAACACUCUCCGCUAUCGAUCUGCACUGCGUGCUGCUCUCGAAGACCGCACGGAAUCAGAUCUCCAGCCCAUCUUGCACUGGAUAUGGAGGAACAUUUCCAGCACGGCAUUUGUUUCCCUGUGCGUGGAAGUUGCGAUGAACAUCAUGGACCUAUACUCAAAGCACCUCUCCGAAUCCGAGGAUCUCGCAAAGCACCUCAAAAGGCUGCGGGACCGUGUCCACGAAGAGACCGAUCGAGCAGAGCAAGCUGGGAUAACCAGGGGAAUGUUGGAGCUAAUGGCUGCGCAGCAAUUCGGCUAA